CGCAUCGCGCAAUGUCGCAGACCUAACUACCUGUGAAAAUGCUCGCGCCGCUAUGGAUGCUGUGCACCUUGCUUGCUACCGGGGUGACGCGAGGAUACAGGGUGUGAGACACGUGACGAGUUGUAAUGCGCGCCGUGCGAUGUAGCAGACACAACGAGACGCUACGCUGUUCGAAACGAGGGGACUGCACCGAAUGAACAGUUUCGCUGAAUUGUUCCGCUGCUUGAACCAAAUACAAGAGUGGAUAGGUGAAAUAUCGUCUUUAUAUGUAAAGUGAUCCAUCCGCUCGCGUGUGGCGUCACGAUUAGAAUAUCAGGGACUUUUGGGUAAAUGACAUUGCAUAAAAUCAAUCGGUGAGUUCUGUUCCCCAUUAUUACGAUAAUUUGUGUCACAGGAAUGACAGAAACUCGCAAAUAUGUACUGUAUGACACUUGCGCGUGUGCGACGGGUGAAUUGCGGGCAACUGUAACAACAGAAGACGAUGCGCCGCGACGUAAAUUAAAAUUAUUGUGACCAUCUGUCACAAUAAAGAUCGACACGUAGUGACCGCGAAUUGUUCUGUGUAUUGCGUGUAAAUCUGCCGCAACUGCGUAGCGCGUAACCAUCGUUCGCGCGAAACACGAGGAUGGAUUGAUUGAUGAACGGCCGUAGAAGAAUCGGUAAGAAAGCGGCUCGCGAGUAUGAAAGUGGAGGGUGGAGCGGCAACGACGACGGUUCUCCACAAGGUCAAGGUUAAGGAAGAGACGAAGGAAUGCUGCGGCUACCAGCAGACCCCGCCGUCGUCGACGUCGGCGGCCACCACCGCGACCAUCGCGACGCUCACCGUCUCCGCCGCGACGGCGAUCACCACCACCGUCACUAACAGCAACGGCGUCUCCAGUGUGGCCGCGAACUCGUCGACGACCACCACGGUGGCCACCGUCGUCGCGGCCGCCGCCCCCGCCGCUCUACAGCCCUCCAGUAUUAUCUGCCAUCCGCCGACGACCGUCUCCGGCGCCGGUAGUACCACCGGCGACCCCUUUCCGGUCGACCUCGAUCUCAAGGCCAAGAACAAGGCAUUGUCCGCGCCGCGGGAGAAGUCACGAGAGGAAGUGGUCCAGCCUGAGGCGCACUCGCCCACCUCUCAGCAGCAUCAAAGGAUUGGUCCGGCGCCUUUGACCGGUCAGCAGAAGCAAGCAAACGGUUCUCGGGCGGAAUACAAAGGUGCGUCCGGUUGCUCGAGGUCCUCCGACAACGACAGCCCCUUGCCCUCGCAGUCGCUCAAGCCAGAGCUUGAAGAGGGAUCUGGUGCUAAUGUUGGGCCCAACGCGUGCAGGACGGACGAGCAGAGCGAUGGAGUCGCGUUGGCGAACGGCACGUCCAGAUGCGUCAGCAGCAUCUUCGCGGGCCAUGGCAAGCUCAAGAGGUUGCUGGGCACCUUGGUGCAAUUCGCCACCGACAUCUCAACGGACACGGGCGACACAGUGCGCACGCUGGUGCUUGCGCUUCUGAGCGGCAGCAUGACCGCGGAGGAAUUCCACUCGGCGCUGCAGGAAGCGACCAACUUUCCGCUCCGAGGAUUCGUCUUGCCGUAUCUCAAGCACACCUUACCCUCCCUGCAGAGGGACUUGAGCAACGCGGCCAGAACGAGCAACCAGAGCUGCGUGCAGUUCCUCCGGUCCAACGAGUCUGCCGUUUUGGAGGCCGUGGGGUUGGCUCCGUCCGGCGAGUCCGUCGAGGUCUUUGGGGAGCACGGGGCGAACGGAAUCGGCGGCGGUAAUCAGUGCUCCACUCAUUACACCAUGCGCUCGAAUUCUAAUCCCGGCGUCGGCGCUAUCCAACACUCGGCCAGCAACGCCGCGGGCGCGUUGCACCAUUAUCCUGGCACCGCUCAUGCACCGAAACGCCGUGCCUCCGACACCCCAUAUUAUGAGAACGGAGCUCUCCUGGACGACAUGCCGGUGUAUGGCAAGAGGCCUACCAAUCCGUGGAGCCAUCACCAUCAGCAGCAGCAACAGCCUCAGCAGCCAACGGACCCGUCCUAUUGCUGGUACCAUCCGCUACACUCUUCGAGCGGAUCGAUUCAAGGUCACGCGCACGGUCACGGUCAUGGGCCGAGCCCAGUGCCGCCUAGUCUCGUGCAGAUUAAUCAGAUAAACGCGUUCUCCGGGCCGCAUCAUCUGACUCAGCAGCCGCAGCAGUCGAUGAGCCACAGUUUGCAGACUCAGAACGGCGGCAGCCUCGACGACGAGUGGAAGAACAUUCAUGUGAUGCUCAACUGCAUCCUCGGCAUGGUCGAGAAAACGAAGAGAGCACUGGCGAUUCUUCAGCGUCGAGGAUGCUCCAGUCCAGCGGCUGCGGCGCCACCACCAGGUGUGGUCGCGGCGCAGAACGGUACCAGCAAUAACGGCAACAGCAACGGUAACAAUCCCUCGUCGACCAACGGCGUACAGGUUGAGUCGUCCACUGGUGAUCGAGAUGGUAGUCUGAAGCGACUGUCCGGCGAGAUUGUCGCGCAGACAAUCAGGGCCACCGAGGACAAGGUGGCUGAAGUGAAACGAAGAGCCGAGGAAGCUGUGUUAGAAGUGAAGAGGGCCGCGGUGGCGGAAAUGCAACGCGCUGUGGCGGUUGCCGUCGCAGAGUCGAGAGCGAAUGAACGUUUGAGGGUUCACCGGUUACUAGAUCUGCCUCUUUCCCAAAGGAAUCAUGGCAAUCUCCGCCAAGGACCUUUCCUGAGGGUUCACGGAAGCUCGAAUGCAGUCGAGACUAAUGCCAGGAAUGUGACGACGCCGACAACCACGCCGAAUUCGGCGGCGUCGACCACCGAGGACGAAAAGGACGUCCACCUCACCAGUAUGAUGGGAUCCAGUUGCUGGAACUGCGGCAGGCCCGCUUUGGAGACUUGCGGGGGCUGUGGAAUCGCCCGGUACUGCGGUUCUUUCUGUCAGCACCGCGACUGGGAGGCUGGCCAUCACGCGACCUGCAACAAUCCGCCGCCGCGCGAACCACGAAGAUCGUCUUCGCGUAGCCCACCGAGGGUCGCCGCCGCGAAUCUGCCCACGGCCGUCAACGAGGUCGAUACUGCACCGGUGGCAUCCGCCGGCGUCUCGAAGGGGAAGUGACGUCGUGGUGCAAGGAACAACCUGGCUCUGCGAUCAGUCAGAUCGAUCGAUCACGAGUCGCGUUAAUCGUGCGCGCGAUUCCACGAGAACUCCCCGCUGUGAAAGAUGGAUGAAUUGAAACGAAUUGAGAGGAAUCCAUUCCUGUGAAAUUAAAUAUCUGACAUUCGAAAUCGGGGAUUGGUUUAAAGAUGUUAGGUUUUUUGCUUUCUCGCUUUCCGAUCGUGUUUCGUGGUAGUUGAAAUGGAAAGAGCGCGAAGCGCGAUAAAUUAUUUAUUAACAAUUCUAUUGAAGCCGAUCCCGAAUUUGGAAAAUUAGAGAUUUUCGCACUCAUAUGAUCAAUUUCUGUCAAUUCUUCUUAAUUCAUCUAUUUUCUACAGGGUUUUUAGCGAUCAUACAUCUUCUGCGUACUCUCAUCGAUGUGUCCUUUUCUUUCUACGAAACUGACUAUGAGAUUUCUUUCGUAAUCCAUUUAAAAAUGUGAAUGAGUCUGGAGAAGAAUCUCUCUAGUUCGACAUAUUUGUGAGAGAGUUGAUUAUUCGCUUGUCAAGACAAACUGCUGGUCGAACUAGCAACUAACUGAUUUUGAUAAGCAGUUGUCCGUUGAAUAGGUACAUCUCUAAUUCCGGCGUUUCAGUCAGGUGAUAAAUAGUCAUAUAAUGAUAAAUAAAAAGAAACUUACAACUGUCAUAAUUGAAACGAAUCUUUAAAGAUACGAAUCUCCAAUUGAUUGAUUUUAAUACUUCAGAAAUUGUCUUUCAACUGAGCUGAAUAAUGAUACUCAAACAUAUUACAAAGAUAUGUAAAAUAGACCGGAACAUCUUAUGAGGCUAUGUUUAAAAUUCACUUUAGGCUGCCUUGGGCUAAUGAUCGAGCAUGGUUAGUGUCAAAAAUGCAUAUAGAUAUGCAGGCAAACUUCUUAACUAAGUCGAUUACACGCCUCGGAUGAAACGUCGGGCAUGAUAAAUGUGUUUUAGGACUUUAUCAAUUAAUCACGCAAAAUUUGAGCAACUGAUUUCACGUCAAGUAGCGUAACCGACCACAUAGGUGUUUGCGUUUUCCGGGUAGAUAGCACCGGCGGAACAGCAUGCACAGCACUGUCGUGAACGUAUACAUUUAUCAGCAUCGUGCCAGCCGUUCUUCUUCUUAUCCUCUAACCGGAUUGCAAAUUUUCAAUCCGUUCAUUAUCUAGAAUUGUAUCAAACAAUAGGAAUAAUGCGUGUCUUAAGCGCUUUCUGCAACUGAAGGAAUAAUAGAUAUCAAUGAAUUCGAUCACAGUGAAUCGCAGCGGAGACAUACGUUUGGUAUUGUCCCAAAUCGACAUUAGCGGUAAAUGUAGCAUUACGAAAAUAACUCUCCCAUUAGCGUAGACAUUUCUUCAUUUCGCUAUUAGCCAAUUAUCGAAUUAUUCACGACGCGAAGCCGAAGAACGCACUCGUCCGAUUAGCGAACUCUUUAUCGCGACUUAGAAGAUGCAAUUGCAUCUUUCGCUUGCUUGUAACGAUUUGACAAAGCACGGAACUUUUACUAUCGUCGAUGCUAUUGAUUGAAUCUAUGAGAUACAUAAAAUUAUAAUGUUGCACGAGUUUUACUUUCUUUCUAUUUUUCUGUUUUUUUACUGCCAAACAAUAGUUUACUAUGCAUUCUUUCACCUGAAUGUAACUUCUUAUCGUGUCUCAAUAUUACAACGCAACAUAUCGUUAUGAAAAUAGGAUGUAUCACGAGAUGAAACUCAUACAUACUUAUAUACGACAAACGCACACACACAUACAUACAAGCGACUUGAUUUUAUCGCGUAUUCACACUCAUCUCGAUGUUUCGUACACGAAAGACGAAUCGCAUCGAUCUUAUCCUAGUCAAUUGAUAGGUUUAAUGAUUGUAACGACUAAUGUAACGUGAGUCGAACCUUUUACUUUGCGCGCACCUCAGGAUAUAAUUAUCACGUAUAUUUAAGUCUAGUCACGAUGAAGAUGAAGUGAAUUUAUCGUCAUAUGCGUUAGGGAACUUUGCUCAAAUCUAUAGACUACGAAUUAUUGUAAUUUUUCCUAGACACAUUGCGUUGCGGGGAUGUAUGAUGGAUUCUAUAAAGUGUAUUUAUAAACUAACGAAAUAUAUGAUUAUUCUAUGUCAGAAUGUAAGAAAA